UGACUGUUUCCCCUUCUGAUUCGUGAUGGGUUGUGACUACUGUCGUAGUUAAUGACUAACUGACCCGCUCCACCACUCACACCCAUUGGUCACUAGUCCUUCCAUACAGACAGACAGAGAGGGGUAUUUGACCGGUGUGUGUUCUCAAGGUUGGAAGACAUGACAGUGUUCAGGAGCAGCGUUCCGGUACAGUAAAUUCAGCUGACUAGUUCAGCCAACAGAAACGCCCUGCUCAAACAGACUUUCCAAGACAACACUAGAACUCUUCUAAGUCAAGCUGUGUGUCAGUCCGCUGUGUGUCAGUCAGCUGUGUUUCAGUCCGCUGUGUGUCAGUCCGCUGUGUGUCAGUCCAUUGUGUGUCAGUCAGCUGUGUUUCAGUCCAUUGUGUGUCAGUGAGCUGCAGGGAUGGCGCACCAUGAGCAGAGCACAGCCACUUUCCCAGAACACAUCCGUAAGAAACGGAACGGUGAACAGCUGAGCGCUGGGGAGAUCCGAGACUUCGUACAGGGUGUCAAGGACAAGACCAUCCAAGAGAGCCAGAUUGGAGCCAUGCUGAUGGCAAUCUGGCUGAAGGGAAUGGUAGCAGAGGAGACACUCGCACUGACGAAGGAGAUGAUGAUGUCAGGGGAAGUGAUGUCAUGGCCGGCAGAGUGGGAGGGGCUAAUGGUGGAUAAACACUCGACAGGUGGAGUGGGGGACAAGAUCAGCCUGGUGCUGGCUCCUGCUCUGGCUGCCUGCGGCUGCAAGGUACCCAUGAUAAGUGGCAGAGGUCUGGCACACACAGGCGGCACGCUCGACAAACUGGAGUCCAUCCCUGGCUUUAAUGUCUAUCAGUCAGUACAACAGCUGCAUCGAAUCCUGGAGGAGGUUGGCUGUUGCAUUGUAGGACAGACAGAUAACCUGGUGCCUGCUGACAAGGUCAUGUACGCUCUGAGAGACGUUACGUCUACAGUCGACAGCCUCCCACUCAUCACAGGCUCUAUCAUCUCUAAGAAGGGUGCUGAGUCUCUGAGUGCCUUGGUUCUGGAUGUGAAGUUUGGGAAUGCAGCUCUCUACAAAGACCUGGGCAGUGCCAAGUCACUGGCCCAGUCCAUGGUGACAGUUGGGAACAGUUUGGGGAUCCGUACGGGGGCGGUGCUUAGUCGUAUGAACUGUCCAAUUGGUCGCUGUGUGGGGAACACUCUGGAAGUGAUGGAGUCCCUGGAGUGUCUAAAGGGGAGGGGCCCAGACGACAUACUGGAGCUGGUCACAAGUCUGGGUGGGCUGCUGUUGUGGAUGAUUGGCCGUGCAGGGAGCCUGGAUGAGGGUAAAAAGGUGAUCUCUACAACCCUGCAGAAUGGUGCAGCCCUGGAAAAGUUCCAGAACAUGAUGAUUGGUCAGGGAGUAGCCAGUCAGAUCGCUGCAUCACUCUGUUCAACCAACGCAGACUACUACAGCAUCCUGAGACGGGCACACUACCAAACAGAACUGGAGACACAGGGCCACGGGACAGUGCUGGACAUAGACGGCAUGGUCAUUGCUCAGGUGCUGCACAGGUUGGGGGCGGGACGUUCGAAGGCCGGAGACCCUGUCAAUCACAGCGUGGGGGCGGAGCUUCUGGUGUCUUUGGGACAGAAGGUGGAGAAAGGGCAGCCAUGGCUGCGUGUCCACUACGAGACUCCGGCGCUGAGUGCAGAGCAGAGACUCAGUCUACAAGGGGCGCUGACACUGGGGCCCGUCGACCAGCUACACACACAGCCACUAGUGGCAGAAAUCAUACUGCCAUAGUGACACAAAUCUACUCUAUGUUAAAGCUUGAUUUGGAGAUGACCUGCCUUUGGGAAUCUCAGUGUUUUAUUUUUAAAGAAUGUAUAGUUCAGAACUAAAGCCUCUGUGUCCUGCUCUUCACUCUCAAAGUCCUCUCUGAUUCACCCACAUAAAGUCAUAAGAUUCUGUGGAGACUGAAUAGAUGUUUACCGUUUCCAGGAACUGUGUGAAGGCAAUUUCUGUUAAACCUUACUAAUGUUUGUGUACUAAAAUAUCCUUCUUUAAGCCUCGGCAUUGGGCUUGAGAUGGUUAAAGAAAUCAAUAUAAGAUAUAAAAGUGUGUGCACAUUAAUAGAGACAUGUUGUAACUGUUCUGGGUGUGUAGAAUGACCCCAGGAUGUCUGGGAGCUCAGCCAAUACUUGACAGGAACUGACUGGUUCCUCUUAAGUUAACUGGAGACAGAGUAAAGGUUUUAUCCUGCACACCAAUGAUUGAACUAUUGUUCUGUCUGGAGCCUGUUUCGGGGCAAAAUAUUCAUAUUUUGUGUGUGUGUGUGUGUGUGUGACCAGUACGACCAUACAUCAUCUGGGCAGACAGUCAAAGGCGCUAGCUUGCCCAACUUGGGGGAACCGUUAAGCUACUCAAAUCAAAUAAAAGUUUAUUUGUCA